AUGUCGACGGCCUUGGUCCCUUUGGGGACCAGCUCUCUCUUGACCAAGCUCGCUUCGCCAGCGACUCUUGCCGCGACAGCCUCGGCCAUCAUGUCGGCAACCACAACCACAACGGCGCCGGAUGUGGCGGCCGCGACUCGGACCUCCCAGGGCGAAUCCAGCCUCAGCUCGCACGACCAGGCCAACCAACCCUUGGUGUCAAACUACCGCGACCCUUUCUUCGCCUCGACGUUCCCCAUGUGCUACGCCCUGGCUGCAACGACGGUCACUGCCUACAUGCUCCUCGUCAUGCUCUUCAUCACGCCCAGGUCCUUCCUCGACGGCGGCGUCGUGUACCUCGGCCGUCGCUCCGGCUUCACCCACAGCUCGUCUGGCGGCGAGAACAUUGGCGGCCGCCCCUGGCUGCAAAAGGUGGCCGCCCUCACCGUCGUCGUCUCGCUCACCAUCGCCACCUACGACACCUUCAAGGUGGCCGCCCACCAGUACAGCUACGGGGUCCAAAACGCCGCCAUCAUGCAGACAGAGGUCAUGGGAAGCAUGGAGCUCAAGGUCACCCGCCUCGUGUCCAACUUCUUCCUCUGGCUGGCCCAGGCCCAGACCCUGAUCCGCCUGUUCCCCCGCCACAGGGAGAAAGUCGUCAUCAAGUGGGUGGCCUUUGCCCUCAUCACGCUCGACCUCAUCUUCUCCGCCAUCAACGGCUUCAAGCCCGGCGAGUCCGGCUCCUCCGGCGGCAACCCCGUGGCGGGGAGCUUCGACUACCCCGUGCCGGCCCUGAGCUACAUGUUCCAGCUACUCCUCGGCGUCUUGUACGCGGCCUGGGUCAUUUACUACUCCGUCAUGAAGAAGAGGUAUGCCUUUUACCAUCCUCUGAUGAAGAACAUGUGCCUCCUGGCCGUCAUCUCCCUGACGUCGAUCCUGAUACCGGUCGUCUUCUUCAUCCUGGACAUAUCGAGGCCCAAGUUUGCCGGCUGGGGCGAUUACGUGCGGUGGGUUGGCGCGGCAGCCGCCAGCGUCAUUGUGUGGGAGUGGGUCGAGAGGAUCGAGGCCCUGGAGCGUGAGGAGAAGAAGGGCGGGAUCCUGGGUAGAGAGGUCUUUGACGGAGAUGAUGUGCUGGAAGUCAGCGCGCUGGACUACCCCUGGGAUCUAAAACGGAGGCACCGAAAGGAUGAUUAUCCAAGGGGACGCGGGGGACGGGGAAGCAACGGAAGAAGGCGCGGGACCCGCGGUCAAGGCGACGGAAACGGAGACGGAAGUGGCCACGCCGACGGCGACGGCGACGGCGACGGCGACGGCGAUGGCAAUGGCAAUGGCAAUGGCGGCGUGCGCCAUUCGCCGCAGCGAAAACCCGCCCAGAACCACGCACAGCCCAACGUGUGGCCCGUGGUUUCCACCCUCACAGGCCGUCAGCGCGAGCCGAGCCGCGCCGCGACGGCAGUGGCGAGGACGACGACGACGACGGCGGCGGCGGCGGCGGCGGCGGCGGCGGAGGCGGAGCCGUUGGCGCAGCGCACAAUAGGGGGUAUUUUCCGGCCUCCGUGGCCCGCUCGACCGUCGGCAGCGGCCAUGAGCCCAGUCAGCCGGACGGAUACUCCCAGCGCGGCGAGCACCGUCUAUGCCGUCCGAUACCAGCUGUCGCCGUCGGAAACAACAGGACCGACGCCGGACCCCUUUUCACGAAGGCCGGAUCCGCAGCCGGCACAGCCUGCUCAGCCCCCUCAGCCCGCUCAGGUUCAUCAUCAUCAUCAUCAUCAUCAUCAGCAUCAACAUCAUCAACAGUUGCAGAUGGCAACACGGGCGCAUAGCAAUGCCGCAGAGCUGGCGGCGCGGCCACGAUGCUCAACGCAGACAAGCGAGACGCGGGUGGGGAGCACGUCACCGUCGCAGCAGGACGGCGCGCCGUCCAACGGAGCGCGCAAUUCGUCGAUUGACCCGUCGAACGUGGAAGCCAACACGCCGAGACGGAGUCGCCCGAGCCGCUGGCGCGUCUUGCCGCAGUCGUCCGGCCAGCGGUCGCCAGCAGCAGACGGUCAGCAGCGGCGGGAAAGCUCGGGUUGCCGCGACGCGCUGCAGCACGAGUCGAUGAACAGCCGAUGGGACAUCAAGUCCAGGUUGGAGAUGUUUGCCGCCAGGCAAGCAGAUCGGGUUCGUGAACGACUGCAGCCCACGACUGACAUGGACAACCUGCCGGUCACGUACAUACCGGCGCCGGCACGACGAGGCGCGGCUCUGCGGGAGGUGCUCGAGGAGGAGGAAGCGCACCAGGGCGGCAACUCACGGGACGCGGCAGACGGGGAGGAAGCAAGGCGUCGAUGUGCGGCGCCGCACCUCGGGCAGCAUGAGCAUGGCCUUGACGAGGCGGCGGCGGCGGCGAGGCCAGGAGCAGAGGAGGCGGUGGCGUGGACGAGCACGAAGCCACCGCUCUGGCCGGGGGUGAGACGACGCCCGGCGGGCUACGACGACAUCGACGAGGACGACGACGAUGACGACGAGAACGACGAGAACGAGGAGGAGCUGUUGUACACUGACGAGUCGAGCGGUGCAGACGACUCUGGAGGGCACGAAUCCGAGCAGGAUUCGGGGCCGUCGCGGAGCGGGAGUGCCGGGGCGGAUGGGAGGAGCUAG